AUGAGUAAAAACCCGUUCGAUCGGUUUGGAGUUGAUGUGACUGAUCCUACAGACUGGGCUUCUACAAAACUACCUCGUUUAAGUGAAUUGGAUUCGUUAAAGCGUUGCUAUAUAUGUAAGGAAUUCUUCACGGCGCCUGUACUCACAGUGUGUCACCACACGUUCUGUUCACAAUGUAUACGGCAGUAUUUGCUCACCAAUAGUCACUGUCCGUUAUGCAAAACUGAGCUCUAUGAGAGUAGUUUAAAGCGAGAUAUGCUUUUGGAUGAAAUAGUGACAUGUUACAAGAGUCUACGUCCAUUCUUGCUAAAUCUUUUACGUGAGAACGAAAUCCUUGUGAAAAAUGAACCAGAUAUUGAGAAAUCUGAGAAUGGGCCUUCAAAGAGUAACAAAAGACCGGCUCCUGUUGAUGAGGAUGAUGUUAUAGAAGUUCUUUCACAAGGUGAGAGUGUGCCGAGUGGCAGCUCUACACCUGAGGCUCAACCUAAGAAGAAGACAAAACCAGAAUCUCAGUUGCCAGCUUUGCCUGGAAAACUGGAUCAAGUAGCAUGUCCAAUAUGUAACAAGAUGAUGUCUGCUGACAUUUUGCAAACAAGACAUCUAGACGACUGUCUCAGUGGGAAAACGACUCCACCAAGUAGCAAUGGUUCACAUCUGCGGAAGAAAGCCGGUGCUAGUCACGGAAUAGCUUCAUUCUUCAAGAAGGAGUCACCAGUACCGUCCUCUUCUUCAUCUUCGCCUUCAACAUCAAAUUCUGCAUUUUCUAAAGCUGAAAUUCUGCAACCGGUAGGAUUCAAGGAGUCAUACUUGAAGCAGGUUGAAAAGACGAAUUCAGAGUCUGUCAAGAAGCUUCCAAAACUUGACUUCCAGUCCUUGUCUACUCCAAAACUAAAAGAGAAGCUUGCUGCCUUGAAUCUAAAGGUUCAGGGAUCCCGAUCUCAGUUGGAGAUGCGCUACAACCAAUUCUAUGUACUCUACAACUCGAAUCUAGAUAGCAGCCGACCCGUCCUGGAGAAACAAUUGAAGCUGACAUUGAAUAAAUGGGAACAACUGCAUCUGGCAUUUAAUACCGAAUCUUCCACGUUGUUCUCCAGUAGAGCCUCAAUUAGCAACAGGUCAAUUACAUCCAAGACGUUUCUGGUCCGGGAGUGGCUUCAAGUGUAUCAUCAGGAAUUUAGGGAGUUGAUCCGUGCGGCGAGAGCAUCGGCUAAGAAGGAUAAGAAAUCCAAAGCAAAAAAUACCAUAGACGUUAUAGAAGAAGCUGAAUACGUCGAAGUCUCAAAGAAGGAUGACUCAAGACCUCAACAAGAACACGGUUCCACGGAAAGCAAGGUUCCACAGUUAACUCCGGAAUUGGACAUGGAAUUGGUGGAUAUGGAUUUUGCAGACGAUAUCGCCAACAGUCUGUUGUUUGGAGGAACGUGA